CAAUGAAGGAUUGCCCUGAGCGGCAGAUUCCUGGAGAGGCGCUGCCCCUUUAAGACCAGGGUUGCCCGCACAUUGAUCUGCGUCGUUCCCCAGCGAAGCGGCCCCCGGCCAGUGUGCGUCCGCCCGUCCGCCGCCGCCGCACUGCGCACUACUUGUUACGGGCGCGCUCCGGCCCCGGGCAACGGUCGCCGCUCAGUGAGUGAGUGAGUGAGUGAGUGAGUCGCCGCCUCAGGGCCGCCUGCGCUUGUGCCGCUUCUACCGCUUGUGCCGCUUGGACCGGGACCGCUCGGCCCGCGGCGACACUUUGACUCGCUUUUAGUUUAAAAACUGUUUGUAAAGUUUGAAAAAGUUGGAGGGCGGCUUCCGCGUUGCGUGGCUGUUUGUGAGGACGGGACGGUGUUGCCCAUAUUUUGCACUGUCGCUUACUUGUAAGACCUGAAUGUUUGCAUCAGACCAGCUCUCUGGCACUGAACCAGGGCUCGCAAACACACCGCCAGUGGGUUUAGCUCGAUUAAAGAACACCCCUGCAAAAACAUGGAUAAGUAUGAGGAUCUGGGGCUGGAGGCCAGCAAAUUCAUCGAGGACUUGAACAUGUAUGAAGCAUCCAAGGAUGGAUUGUUCAGGGUGAACAAGGAGGCGUGCAAGCCCGAGUUUGAGGAGACCCGUCGGGUGUUUGCCUCCAAAAUGAACAGGAUUCACCAGCAGAGGCAACAGGAGAUGUUGCUGAUGGGCAAUCAGCAGGGGGCUGCUGUCAGAGUGAAUGGGGGCUGUGGCCCAAUGGCUGGUAAUCCUGAUGGAGUGCCCUCCCUUGAUCGCGCCCGGCUUCAGAAUCGCCUCAGUGGGGAGCUUGGAACCAAGCCCCCAGUGUCUGCCACACCAGCAUCCAACCUCCCUGGGCACCAAGGACCUCCUUUACCCAACCGAUACUCUCAAGACCUGACGCUCAGACCCAACCAUGAGCAUGAGAGGGCUGUCACUGGGCACACUGGUCUUGAGCCCCAUGGCCCUCCCUCUAGCUUCAUCCCAUCUGGUGUCCCAAAUUAUUCCCAUACCAUCCCCAGGUCGAGCAGUAACCAGGAAAGCAGCUCGAGGUCCAACCUGGUCAGUCCCCGAUCUAGUCUCCUGGGCUCACAUCAACUCUCUUCCAGUCCAAAAGAGGCUACCCUGUUCCAAGUCAAUCCCCACUCUGCUCCUGGUGGUUGUGAGUCCACUGUGCACCGAGCUGUGGGCAAAGCCCCUGAACACAAAGCACAGUCCCAGCUCAAUCAUCACAGCCCAUCCAGUUUGACAAGCCCUAGACCAGACUGGUCUGAGCUUAACCAUCACGCUCCUGAGGUGGAUACCCAGCCAUCCCAGGCCAGCCCCAGGUCUAUCAGUGUACCGUGUAGUUUGGCCACGACCUUGGCCCCACCCAGCGCAUUUCCUCAGGCCCACCCUGGUACCUUCUCCAGCCCUAGGCCCCUAGCUCCAGAGCAAGCCCAGCUGUCCAGGUCUUUCCACGGUCAUGAUCCUGAUUAUAGUCGUCAAGAGGCCGCCUCCAAAGUGCGCCUGCCCUGCCAGACUCUCCUCAUGCAGCACAACCCGGGGCAAUCGACAGCCGAAUUAAAGUUAGAAGCCCUCACCGAGCGCCUGGAGCAAGAAAUGGAUGCACACCCCAAGGCGGAGUAUUUUGGGACUUGCGUGAAGUGCAGCAAAGCAGUGUACGGAGCACACCAGGCAUGUCAGGCCAUGGGCCACCUAUACCAUGAUACCUGUUUCACCUGCAGUGCAUGCAGUAGAAGAUUGCGAGGUAAAGCUUUCUACUUUGUCAACGGAAGGGUAUAUUGUGAGGAGGAUUUUCUGUACUCUGGCUUUCAGCAGUCUGCUGACAAGUGUUUUGCUUGUGGCCACCUUAUAAUGGACAUGAUCCUCCAAGCCCUGGGCAAGUCUUAUCAUCCUGGAUGUUUUCGAUGUGUCAUCUGCAAUGAGUGCCUGGACGGGGUGCCAUUCACUGUAGAUACGGAGAACAAGAUUUACUGCAUCAAAGAUUACCACAAAGUUUUGGCUCCAAAGUGUGCGGCAUGUGGCCAAGCUAUUCUUCCAGCAGAGGGCUCUGAUGAAACGAUUCGUGUUGUUUCCAUGGAUAAGGAUUACCAUGUGGAAUGCUAUCAAUGCGAGGAGUGUGGCAUGGAACUGAAUGAUGAGGAGGAUCACCGUUGCUAUCCAUUCGAUGGACACUUGCUUUGUCAUACUUGUCACCUAAAACACAUCGACAGUGAAACACCUGGUUCCAUCUACCAGCCUAAAUACAUAGCACACCAGUGACUGGCUUGUUGCGAGGACAUUUAGAUUGGUGUUGAUGCUGUGACUCAGCAAUGCUCAGAGAGUGAAAUCAGUCCACUGAAAGUUGGUUUCCAAGCAAACUUUGUGCAUGAUUGCCUGUAGUUAUCAGAGAGAAAGGAGGCAAACAAGGACAUCUUUGCCUCCUGAUACAUAAUGCUUUCUUUCAAAAUAUUUGGAACAUCUUGUAAGUGAUCAGAAAUGCACUAUGGAACACCUUUAACAUAGAUGUGAUAUUGCAGACAACCAUCGUUAUACCAGAUUUUAUUUCAAUUAGAUUUGCAAUGGGUAUGUAAAGGAUUCUCAAUUUUAUGGAUUCCACAGAAUGAGUCAGAAAUAUGUUUGCAUCAUUUAUUUCCUGAGAGAAUUAUCUAAAAAAUGAUUUGAUGCAAGAUCAAAAUGGCACUCAAAAUGACCACAAUCAAACAUUUCCAAAAUGUAUCAUUGUCAUUGCUGUUUUCUGUACUGACUUGGGCUCUGUGCAUUUCAGUUGUAAAAAGUUAAUCUCUUGACUUAAUCUCUUGACUGUGGUUGAUAUCACACCAAAUGUCUUGAUUUGGAACAGUAUAGUUUCCCAGGAUUAAUUGCAGUUGUUAUUCCAGAGUCUGAAUGCCAGCAUGCUUUUAAAACCUGGCUCUGUUAUAUCAUGUAAUCUCUGGAUUGGUAUCCUGAUCUUUGUAUAAUAUUAGAAGCUCAUAUAUGUUUUGAAGAUAUCACUUACAAUAAAUACAUUAUUGGUUUGAGGGCUCCGU